AAUAUGCCUAAGUUUUAUUGUGAAUAUUGUGGAAUUUAUCUAACUCAUUCAUCUCCAAGUGGAAGAAAACAACACUCCCUCGGAAAAAAGCAUAUCAGUGCUAGAGAAGAUUAUUAUAGAGCUGUAAUGAGUGAUUUAGUCGAUUAAUUGAAAGCAUCCUUUUAGAAGAAUAUUAUUCCAACCUUCAUCUCUAAAGACACAAUCAAAAGAUUACUCAUUACACACUCUUCAGUCUUUUAAGGCCUCCUAACUCCUGCGUUUGUAGAAACUAUUGAUAGUUUAGGAUUGAGUGGCACAAGAACCUAAUACAUGCCCUAACCUACGUUGAUCCUCCCUCCUCAAGGUGCUUAUUAGCCUAUGAAUUAUAAUAUGAUGCCUCCCGGAAUGCAAAUGAGAUAUUGAAAUA